AUGGCUUGGACUUACGAUGCGAUAAUUGGGUUCAGCAAUGGGAUGUUAAAAGGUGUCGAACUUAAAAAAAAUAAGUUUAAAUACUUAAAUUUAUUAGAUGCAUCUUUAGCGCAAAAUAACCUUAGCAUAUAUGAUGAAAACAAAGUAAUAAUAACCACCAGCAAAAAUAUGUUAUUAUAUGAUUUACAAAAAAAGAAAAUGUGUAAGAAAUAUAUCAUUCGGGAAUCAGGAAAUAUUAUUGGUGUAUUUAAAAAAGAUAAUGUUUUAAUUGCUGGAGUGGACAAUGGAAUGGUGGUGAUUAAACCUAUCAAACAAACUAAAAUUGCUUCGGAAAAAAUAAGCACUGGAUCACAUUUAUCAUGUAUUAGAGAAGUUCUUACAUUAGAUAAAUUUGCAACAGGUGGAAAUGAAAAUCCGUUAAAAAUAUGGGACUUGGAAACAAAAAAGGUUGAAUUUACUGCUAAAAGUCCUAAACCAGAUAUGCUUCAACUCAAAUUGCCUUGUUAUGUGUCUGAUAUUCAAUUUUUUAAUAACAAUAAAGCAGUAGUUGCACACAGACAUGGAGUGGUUGAUUUACAUGAUCCAUUGUCUAGUCAAAGAAGACCAGUAGCAUCUUGUAAAGCAGAAAACACAGGUUUUGUUAGCUUAAGAACUAUGCCAGAUUACAGUGAUUAUGAAGUAAUCGUAGGAAGUUCAAAAGGCUGCAUUUACCAUUACGACUUCCGUGGUAAAUCUACAUUACCAGUGAAAACAUUUAGAGGAAGCACUGGUUCUGUAAAAUCAGUAUCCUGUAUUAAUUAUUUAAACCAAAUGCAUGUAAUGAGCAUAAGUUUAGACAGUCACAUUAGACUACAUGAUUUGAACAGCGGUAAACUCACAAUGCAGGAUUAUAUUGUUGGGAAGCCGUUACAAUUAUUGAUCAAGCCAGAUAAAUUAUAUAAUUAA